GAAGCGGUGUUGCCUAUGCUUGUUACCUUGACAUCAGCUGAAAGUCGGACAACUACAGAGAAAUGGAGUGUCAGUGUGAAAACUACAACUCGGAGAAUGCUGCUUCAGCCGGAUGGCUGGGCGGCAACAGUGUCCAGAUGGGAGCUUUUACUGUGGUGGGGUAUCUUCUCUACAGGUUUUCACAAACUCUUCCAGCUCUGAUCCGAUGGCCGAUUCGUCUCUUCUGCUCUUUAACCGGUCUGUCAGCUCUUUGGGGCUGGGUGAGCCGCCUCGUGGGAACCCUCCGUGGAAUCCAGAGCCUGUUCAAGUGGCUGUCUCGAAUUUGGCGGUUUAUCGUUGGAUUUUCCUCCAGGUUCAAGUGGGUGGCUGCUGUCAUCAGAGCCAUUGCAGGGUCAGAUUCAACCAGCAGCAGCUCCCAGAAACCAGGCCUGAGGCUGAUCCUGCUGGGACCCACUGGUGGAGGACGGACCUCACUCGCAAAUACUUUGUUAGGCAACUCUGAGACAAGGACACCCAUUGGCCCACUAAUGGAGAGCACAAAGCGAAGGACAGCCAUGGAUGGCAGAGAUCUCACAGUGAUCGACACCCCAGAUCUCUUGGGAACGUCAAUGGGAAGCGACAGGCGAGCCAGUGAAGCUCUGAGGAGUCUUCAGCUCGCCAGUCCUGGACCACAUGCUUUUCUGCUCGUGAUCCGGGCUCCAGACUCCAGCGAGGGAACUGACCAGGAUGCCACCCAGGCUAUCCAAGCCGUCCUGGAACUGUUUGGAGAGGGAGCCGUGGAGUACAUCAUCCCAGUGCUCACUCAUGCGGACCGCCUGGGCCGAAAGAACACUGUAGAUGAGCUGCUGAAGGUGGACGCAGGGCGUCUGAGAAGGGCUGUGUCGUUAUGUGGCCAGAAGCCUGAGCUGGUGGACAACAGGCCCGAGCUCCCCUCUGAGGCUCAGGGCGUGACAUGGAGGCAGCUGGUGGGGCAUGUGACGGAGGUGAUGGAGCUGAGGGGGCACUUCGUCCACGAACUGCAGAGGAGGGAGGACCGCAUCAGGGAGGAGCUGCUGGCUGACAUGGCCUCCGCACUGGCUAGAAAACUGGGACACAUGUGAAUAAGAGGAGCAGAGAGAGUUAGUGUGUGUGUGUGUGUGUGUGUGUGUGUGUGUGUGUGUGUGUGUGUGUGUGUGUGUGUGUGUGUGUGUGUGAAAGAAAGAGCUGCAGAAGUGAAAAAUAAGGUGGCAGAAUUCAUUCAUGUGUUAAACAUGCAAUUUUGACUUUAAGUGCAAGGGUGAUUCUUUGCCUGAGGUAUUUUUGUCACUCUACUGGUUUACCACUGUCCAAAUGAAUUUACUACCGCCGGUUGCCUUUAGGUUUUCAACAUGCCGCAGAUGCUUUUGGUUAGAUAUCAUGGCCGCACACACGUAAUUUUCCUAUUUCGAUGUGUUGUAAUUCUUCAUUGUGCGUGUAUUCUUUUGUGUGGGCCUGCGGUUCAUGUUUUCGUACUCUGCUCCAGAGCUUUACUCUGCCGUGUCUUUCAUAAUUUAUAAGAGAUAUCAAACUUUAAAGAUGAUCGGAAAAAAUAAACUGAAGCCGUACUGGGACUAGAGUUCAGCAGUGCUGUUCAGAGCAUUCUGUGUGUUCUCCAAAAGUCGCCAAAACAGGUUUUAAAUGGUUUAACGAUCACUUCUGCCGGCUCAGAUUUAAUUGCAGGUUUUAUGGUCUGUAUUUAUGUUGCUGUGGUGAACAGAUAUCUGUAACAGGUCAAUGAAUGCUUAGCGCUGAGUGAAAGGGUCUAUUUUUAACCGUGAUUUAUUAGGAAUCUGUUAAAAUAUUUUGCUAGUAUAGGGCUGUCAGUGAACCCCUCCAGUUAAAAUAAUGUUUUUCACCUUGUUGAUGUGUUUUUAUGGUGUUUUUUAUAUGCUAGAAGACACAUCAUUGGCAAAAUAAGCAGUCAACGCCAGAGUAUUUCCUCCUUGAAACUGUAGUUUACAGAUGCCUAUCUCAAAAAUAGAACAGUGGAAAGCAUCUGGACAUCUGUUUUUGGUUCUUGAAGAUGUUUUGAAUCACAUAAGAGGCUUUUUAUUAUUAUUAUUAUGUCCAACAUACUGAUGGGAAGUCCAAGGUAUUUAUUAUCACCCCCAAAGUCCCAUGACUAAUGGCCCCUUGAUGAAACUACAAGGUAAGAGAUGUUUGGCGAAAGAUCUCAAGACUGCAUUCUAAGUGACUGACAGGUCACUGAUAGAGAUGGCUGUUCCAGUUAAACACAGAUGGCUUCCUUCACUCUUCUCUCAAACCAUCUGUCUUCCCUGUCCAGAAGAUGAACAUUGUCGUUCCCAAAGGAGCAAAGUGAGAAUAAAUACCUCAGACUCCUCACCAGUCAGUCAGAACUUUGGAAGUCUCUUGGAUGAGGGGUACAACAUUUUCAAGAACCAAAGAAAAAGAAGCCAGACACAUUCUAAUGAAGUUUUUAGGAUUAGGAGAAGCUACACAGACAUCUCUCAAAAACACAGAUUUAGACCUCCAGGAUUUCAUAUGUAACAAAACUGAGAAACAAAUUGCGUUAACGUGCAGCAUUAUGCUCGCUGUAUCAUUAUUCUUUAUUUAGAAUUGGUUUCCAUUCAACCAUCAGGCUGAAUUCCUCUAAUAUUAACUUACCAUUGCAUAGAAUAGAGUAGUUUUAUAUUGUUUGAGAAGCAGAGGUGAGCUGGUGUGCUUGAGCUGCAUUGAGUGGGGAAGGUGGAGAGAGACAGGGACUUAGGAGAAAGAUUUACACACUUAGAGUUACAUCUAAGCUGUUUUAAAACAGGGAGAGGUUGAUUUCAAUAAACAGACUUAUGUAAAUAUGUAA